CGCUUGCCGCUUUCGCCAUUUUGUUCUGAAACGUCGACGUGUUCACAAGUGUCGAGAAAAAUGUAAACUGUGAAAGUAAAUUAUUCUGAUCCAUGUGAUACUUUAUUGUGAUAACAAACAUUGAAUGUGAUAUAAAAAUAGUGUUCCGAGUAUCCUGUUCUCAAUGGAUGAUCGCAAGACCAAGGGAAAUAAGGCUGUGCUUGAAUUGGAUCGGUUCAAACGUCGUCUGAUCCGUUCUGUAUCUCGUCUGUUGCUGCGUGACAAGAAACCUGAAAAAGAAGUAUGGGAAAUAUUGAAGAGAGACACCGGCUGCAACUGCAAGCUACUAUGGUCGCGUAUGCGAGCGCUGACAAUGAAGAAGCUGGAGCGUCAUCUGAUAGCGGAGGAUCGUACCCACAGAGUGCCGCGCAGAGCCCAGAUGAACCUCAUAGACUGGAUGAUGGUAGACUUGGUGCUCGUCCACCAGGACCUCGACUUUAUUGGACAGGAACUGAAUUUACCUGAAAACUUUUCGGCUAUGGAUGAGCUGUUCGAACUCGUUAAUUUAUAUAAGAUUGAGGGGUUAAAGGGCGAGGACCUGGCUGAGGCGUGGUCAUCAGCUACUCUGCAUUAUAACAGGAAUGGCCACCAAUGCUCCCCGAUGUUGCUGCAGAGGCGAUGGUAUCAGAUGAAGACCAUCACCAGGAACAAGUUCUACAAUUACUGGUACGCUUACAAAGGGUGCAUUAAGCGGUUGCACGUCGCGCAGCCGUUCACACCUACGAAUUUGGAACGUGCUAUAGGUAAAACGUACAAGGACUUGAUAACAACUCCAUUCCCUAGCUGGGAGGAGCUUAUAGAGCAGAGAAUGGUCACAUUACCUGAAGAGUUUGAAAGGAAAAUGAUGGAACUGGCAGGAUUACCAACGCAUUCGCGGAGGGACUCCUAUGAUGAUGAAUCAGAUUUAGAGCUGGUAGAACCUAGAAUAGAAACUAUUGACCUCAGACAGGAAUCUGACGAUACUCCAAAAGAUGAGACUAAAAAUGACGAAACUCUACCACAAAUAGUUAAAAUUAAACAAGAACCACCAGACCCUGACUUGGAACCUGAACCUCAACCUGAAAUACCAAAAAAAUCAAUAUACGAAGAAGUCCUAGAGUCAACGCUGAAAGAAAAUCAAGUAAUAGAUGCAAUGCUUACUAAAGGGUACUUUGAUGCUUACAACGAUAAAAGCGAUGAGGUAGAAGUAGAUUUGGAAGAAAAACAAGAAAUGAUGAUGCCUCAAAUAACUGGUGUAUUCUGUAAUGUCAGUGAAGGUAAUCUCGAUAAUUACAGUGGUACUGAUAAGAAUACUUUACCUACAGAUGAUGAAAUUGAUAAAGAUACUGCUAAACUGGACGAUACAGCUACAGGUACAACUGAAGAUGAUGUUCAACCAGUCACAGUUGAUAAUCAAACUCCUACAGUUGAUAAUCAAACUCCUACAGUUGAUGUUGGCGGUCGAGUUGAAAUUGUUGAGGAAGAAAAUGAUGUAAUUCAACUUGAUGAUGUUGAUAAAGACAGUGAUGUAGGUGAUAAAGUUGACGAUUUAACUCAGAAAGAUGGUGAUUUAACUGACAAAGUUACAACUGAUGAUGUGACUGAUAGAAAUAUUGAGAGUAAAACUGUGGCAGUACAAGAUGGAAACGAUACAGUUGGAGUUGAUAAAGAUGAUCUUACUACUACACCUACAAGUAAUGACAAAACUAAUGCAACAGUACUAGUUGAAGAAGAAGAUACUCAAAACAAAAAUGAUAAAGUCUUUGAAGAAACUCAAACAACAGAAGCGGUUCCACCAGUAACUGAAAAUGAAAUCCUUAGUAAAAACCCUAUGCUCAAAGCAAUGCUAGAUCCGACUGACAGUGAAACUGAUAAAGACGUUGAAAUUAUAGAAGAUGGAAACAGUUCGAAGCCAGUUGUAAUUACUGACUCUGAAGACGAACCUCACAGUGAUCCAGUAGAACCAAUGGAUACAACACUUGAUCACAAUGACAUGGUGACACCAGUAAUAGCAGAAAACAAAGUCUCUGAGGUUAUAGAAGAUGAUGAAACUGUGAAUAAAGGAGUAGAUAGUAAAGCUAAUGUUAAAGUUGAUGCACUGAACUUCUCAUUUGGAGAGCUACCUCAGGAAUUCAGUUUCGUUGAUGACGGCAUUGAGCUGGCUGAUGACGGGAUCGCGUUUGAUGACUACGAUGAUCAUGUUGACAUCAAGAUCGAGCCUGAAACAGAGGAGCCGAAAAUAGAUCCAAAGCUACUGCUGGUCCCCGUCGUUUACGUCACAAGGUUAGACGAUUUAAAUAUCUUUCGUAAACAACCUUUCAAACAGAUCCGAAGUAAAGACAUUAUAGACGCUCUCAUCAUUAAAAAUCGACCAAUCAAACAAGAGAAGCCCAGUGAAGUCAAACAAGAACCCGAAGAUAUAAUUCAAGAUACACCAAUCACACCAGUCGAUGAUAAUGUCGAAAGCAUGUCUACUGAUGAAGAUUCCAAUGAUAUCGUUAUACCAGAAAAUGUAAAAGUCAAACCAACCAGCUAUUUGCUACAAAAGCCACGCAGUCGCAGCUACAACCCCAUACAGUUGUGUAAGAACCCAGAUUUCAAUACGCGACUAAAGAGAUUAAACGUAGGAUUCUUCAAAUCACUUCGUAAUCGGGCACUCAUCAAACAUUGUAAGCCAUUGACCAUCGAUAUCUCUAAAGCGUUCGAAACAAAACUUAUUAACGGCACAUUGUACCUUAAACCCGAGUCCAAAGACGAUAACGUUAAAAUUGAAAUAACUGAUGAUUCAGAAAUCGUUCAAAAUGCUACCGUAGUUCCCUCGGCUAUGAUCGCUCAAAGUCUUAUCGAUAAUACGAAAACAGCUGAUAUUCUACCCUUAAUACGUGACGUAGAAAUAGCACCAAAACCUGUAGAACAUGAAAGAAAUACAAGAAUUAAUCUGCCUGACAUAUCAGAGAUCCGUCGAAUUAACCAACGUCUCCUCACUGCAGAAAUUACACCAAUACAAAUGCAAAAUAAAACAUUCCAAGCACCAGUUACUCUUAUCUCACCUGAACCUUCUCAGAGUCCCUCUGUAAUCAGUAGUCCUAGUUCAGACGUAGCCGUGGUAGACACAGUAGCGUCUGAGAAUAGUUCGAGUCACCUAGUUAACUCGCGACCUGAAUCAAGCACAUGGGGGCACAUUGGUUACAUAAGAGGUCGUGCACGCGGGUCCUACAAUGCGAGAAGAAUGAUGCAGUCAAGAAUAAAGUCGAGACCCUUUAAAUCUCAUACGACUGUGAGUUGGUUAUCCAAAUCGAAUGAUCCAAAUCUCAUUAGCAGGGAACAAGAAACCACACUCUUAACUCUGGAUACCCUAAACAAGAUGUUAAGUAUAUUAGGUGAGACAGAUAUACCACUCGAUACACAGAAGAAACAGAAGGCUGAUAAUAAAAAUGAGAAGAAAAUAGAUAAAGGCAAUCAGAUAGCAAAUAUCGGAACACAAGAUGAGAAUAAAAUAGAUACUGACGUCUGUAAGCCCCGAAUUAAUGUCAAAUCGGCAGAAAAUGGACCGCGUCCAUAUAAACCAAGGAAGAAACAAGAAAUGGGAACCAUGACGGACUCAACAGGCGGAAAGGCACCAACAAAAAAAGGCCGGUACUGUUGCUGGAGUCGACAACGGAUGCUACAUAUGCUUUUCCGUAAGAAACGCUUACCGGAGCACGGGUGCCGCGACGGUAAUUGUAUUUGUUGCUGUCGUCAGUUGUUGCUGUCUUAUAUAGCACAAGACGAGAAAAUGAAAUCGGCACAACGUACUGUUGCGCCGAUUGAUGAUGCAAAUGACAAAGCGAUGACAGAGUGUGCGGAAGCGGCUAGUGCUUGUGCAAAUCUCACUAAAGACGUUCCCGAGGACGUGAACAAACAGGUAGGUCCAGCUGUAACUAAAGUUGCGGCCUCACGAAUUACUUUGCCAAUGAUUCAAGCCCAUCCAUUAUCUACAUCAGAGCUAACUUUGACAAAAUCAGAAAGUUUAAAAACAUAUCCUAACUCAGUAGCUAAGAAACCCGAUCAGCCCACGCUAACAAAAUCUGGUAAACCAUUCAAGCCACCUAAAUUUUUAAAAGAAAAGUUAAUAUUCCUAAACAGUAAGCAUAUUUCCGAAAAGCCUACAAAGAAUCCAAUAUAUUUAGGGAAGAAUAAAGUAUUGAUGACCACAGUCAAAUUUCCUUGGAAUUUGAAAUUGUUUGAAGAAACUAAACAAGCUUUGGCAUCGACAUUGACGGUGCCUGCGGGAGUAAGCUUAGUAUGUCUCCCGGACGGAACAAUAUCAUAUAGCAUAGACAAUGUUCACGUGAAAGCACUAGAUUUGGCAUUGAUGCCGUCUAUUAUAGCGACAGUACAGAUGCACAUGAACAAUGCCCUACUACAACAGCAGCAGCAGACACAAGCCCAACAACCUGUCCAGCCGACAGUUAACUCAAACGAAGUGAUUGAUCUAGUGGACGAUGAAGAUGAAGGCAACAAUAAGAGCCAAGAUACAAAUAAUAGUAACAAUACUAAUGAAAUCGGAAAAGAUGUGAAUAUGACUGAAACUACUUGUAUUCAGGAGUCAAGUCUUGAGAAAAUGCCCGUCGUAACCGAAGCACAGUCAGUUCAAACUGCUUUAAGCAGGACUGAUGCACAAUCGCAAGAAGUAACAAUCGAAAAGGAGUCCAACCAGUCUGAUCCACCAAACAUGACUUCAGAGAUUCAACUCCAAGCCACGUCAUUAGAAAAUGAGAAUUUAAAUAUGUCUGAAUCCACAGACGAUCAAAUUAAGCUUGGUCCUACAAACCAGGGUGAAAGUAUUGAAGCUGCACAAGAAUUACGAAUAGAGCCUGGACAACCGAAGGCAAAUGAAGGCAAACCCGAGCAAGAACAAGCACAACCUGGCUCUUCAAGUCAGGUGGAAAGUGUAACAAUCACACAGGAACUGCUGACGGAUCCUGAACAACCAAAUCAAAGUCUAAUCUGUCAUGAAACUACGCCAAUUGAAAUGCAAAGCCAGUCUGAUCCGCCAACAGAGAAUGCUGUAGAUCCUGAACAGAACACACAGCAACCGAAGAAAACUAAAAACAUACUUUCGGAUUUAAUGGAAAUGUCAGGUAUAUUUGAUGACGAUGUGGCACCAGCGCCUCAAGAAACGGUGCCUGUACCGGCUCCGCAACAAACGUUGCCAGUAACUGUUCAGCAAGAACCCUUGUUUACACCUGCACCUGCACCGCCAUCUAUACUUUCGCAAAUGGUUGCAUCAGCGCAAUCUGUCAUCCAACCCGCAGCAAAACUGCAGGGCACAAUACUGGGCCCCAUACCCAAUAAUUAUCUUUCUUGCCAACCUCUUAUAAAAACACCACUCGGAGAUCUCUCGCCAAUUACGUCGCUCUAUGAACUAAAAUACGCUUGCGCGAAUAAAGGAAUAUUCUUUAAAUUAGAUUUUGAUACGGGAUAUCUCGUUCCCAUUAACGUUUGUUUAAAAGCGCCUGUGAAACAAACUCCCAAAGUUGUUGCUGAAAAGGCAGUAAUUGAUCUAACGAGCGAAGCAAAAUCGGAUCAACCCCAACCAAUCCCCAAGAAAAACAUAACGUUACUUUCGCCCAAAAAAGGGUUAGUUACACCUGUAACUCUUACGCCGAUACCUACUGCGGCGGUAACUAGUCCAAUCAAACCUUGCUCAUUGUUGAAAGUAGGAAUACCUUCCAUAUUACGUCGGAUAAAUUCAGAUAAUAAAUGUCAAGAAAAUAUUAACACAUGGAUUAAGGCGCGUGGCGGCAAGCGUCACAAGCAAAAACGGAAACAGCAUCUGCAACAGCACGAGUUGAGUGACAGCGAGGAUAAUGUUGUUCCACCUCCGUCUAAGAAGGCCUCCAAGAGAGUUAAGAGCACCGACACGCAGGAGCCGUCUGCGUCGACGUCCCGUGUCCAGGAAGAUGUGACCACUGUAUACGAUUCUUCUGAUGACGAACCUCUAUCAAAAAUGGCUAAAUUAAAAAGAGAAGAGGAGAAGAAGCGAACUACAAGAAUUGUAAUCGAUUUGCCAUCAAUGGAAGAACACGAACAGUUUGACGAUAAUUUGGACACAGAGGAACAUAUACCGGAAUUAGACGAGGAACAUAGUUCUGAUGACAAUGAAGAAAAUUGCAUAUUAGGAGUUUGAAUAUUCUAUUUUGACUGGAUAGAAGCUAUAACAACAUUUAGAUUUCAGCCAUGAUCGUCUCACUGCAGGGCAAAGGCCUCUCUACCCUCCUUCCACUCUCUGUUUAAAGCUUUUUUGAGCUAUAACAAAGUUUUAUAAAUCACUUCUCAGGUUUUUAGAAUCACCUAUUUAGACAAAUGUGUCUUGCCCAUUUCAAAUAGUACACAUCACAUCACAUCUUUAAUUUAUAUUUUUUAGUGUACUUAGAAUAACUACAGAAAUUUUAAAUCGACAAUUUUUACUAAUUUUACCAGCGCUUUUAUAAUAGGGAGUGAUAAACACAGUCAACUACUUUAUGUGAACAUUUACAAAUAUUUUACUUAAUUAUAUCUAUUUGUAGGUGUGUCCUAAGUUAAAUAAUUUCUAAUUAAGUUUCGUGGCUCAUUAUUAGUAGGUAGGUGCAUGACGUGGCUGUAGUUUUAAUACCUCUGACUACACCUAGUAAAUCUCAAUGUGUGUUUAACUUCUUGUCUGUCGAUAUGUGAGACACAAUAGAAACACAUUGUGUCUCGCGUAGGUUUGUGUUCCGACAUACAAAGGGUUAAAUAAAAUAUUUUAACAGAAACGUGUAAAUAUUUUAUAAAAAGCAACGUAUUUUUAGAUUUUAUUUCUUUAAGGAGACGUAUAAUAUAGUAUAGUAUGCUGAUGCACAAUACUCGGCUCGAAUUAUGGUAAGAUUUUUCGUAGUGGCAUGAUUUUCUCAUUAUUUCUUACUCAACUUACAAUGCUAAUUCUUUUUCUUAUUCUUAAGUUCACUUAAUAAUGAGUGUCGUGUGCGCGCGUGCUUUCGCAUGAUCAGCUGUUAGCAGCGAGGCGCCCGCGCCCGCGUUAUCGGAAGAGUAGUAGGUAUUUAGAAAUUUUACGCGCGUGUGCAAAUCAAAUUUUGUUGUUUUAUUAUUGUGGUAAAAAUAAAACUAAUGAGUAAGAGAACAAAAUAAGUUUCUUUGGGAAAGUUGUUUGUAAUCAUGAGUACAAUCAUGUGCUUAGUAUCAGUCACUAAUUUCCAGUCACCCUAUAUACCUAUAGGUACUUAAAUAAAUAAUGAGAAAAAAACAGUACGUGAACUUAACCCCACUACGAAAAAUCUUGCCAUGUUUCGUGCCGGUGGUAAAAUAAUAUUUAAGGUAAUACAGUAUUGCAUAGUUUUUAAUAGUGUUUCAAUUACAAACAACAUAAUCCAUUGCGAUAGAAUCUCGUGGAUUAUAUCUGUGAUAUUAUUUAAGGGUUUUAAAAUAUUACGAGGAUGUUUUUCAAUCCAAUAGAUAUACCUAAAGAGUUUGUGGAUUUUCUGUUUUGUGUAAUUGGUGAUGGGAAGGUUAGGUAAUAUUUCAUUCAAUUCGGCUGCUAAAUAUAUUUCAUAUUUCUAGACUUUCGCCUCUGCACUAUGAUAAUAUGGUCUACCUACUUGCAUCACAACCUGCCUUGCAUCUUAAUUUGCAGAAACAAUCUUUGUUUUUUUUUUCUCUACAUUAUCCUACUACAAUUUUCUUCUGUAGUCUAAAUCAAUUCAAUUUUAUUGAGUAGGCAAUUACUUAUCCUUUUUUUACUCGAGUAGAUACACACUUUUUUAACCCCUUAAUGCUGUUUAACUCUGUAUUUUGUCACCUUGGGUGGCUAGCCAAUAUAGUGUACUGCAUUCCAAAUACAUACCUACAUAAUAAAUAAUUAUCCUUUAUGUAAUACCUAUUUUUUAUUUGUGGACUAUCGGAAUAAUGCUUAAAUUAUGUGUAAAAAAUGUUUUUUCACUUACUUCAUUACAGAAAUUAUGUUUGGUUGCUGUAUAUUACGGUUUGAUUUAGUUUUUAAAUAGCUCAUUGUGUCUUUUAAUUUUAAGAAAUGUGAUGUUCAACCUCAUUUUUUUAAUGUAAAUUAAGUUCUGAAAUCUAGAUUUAGUUUAUGAUUGUUAAGUGAAAUCUGUAAAUUACCUAUACUGCGUUGAUAUAAAUAUAUGUUAAGGUUGAACAGCCUAUGGACUUAAAUCAGACUGGCAGGCCAGCUGGUUAUUUGGAAACAAGUGUGACUUUGUGUUAUUAUUAAUAAACAAUUUUAAACACAAUAGUAAA